UUCUGUUCUGUGCAAGGCCAGAGAUGUCUCACCAGUAUGGGAAUCCUACAUGUGAAUUCACUCAUCAACAACUUGCAGAAGGACCCAUCCUCAACAUGCAGCUGCAGUACCAAUGCGACCAGCUGUUUGUGUCUUCCCAUCCCUCCUCAGUUCCAAGAUGGUUUUCACAAAUCCUUAUUAUUUACCAGGACAAUUGUACCACUCCAUGUUUCCGGGAGGGACUGUCACAGUUGAUCAACGUCACACAGAAUACACCCUUGUCAGUGUUUUUUCAGAGAGUCAGAAGGACGGUUGAGGACCUGAAGAACAACAAAUGUUCAUUCUUUACCUGUGAACAGCCAUGCAACCAGACCACAGCAAGCAACACUGUGACAUUUCUGAGGAGUCUCCUGGGAACUUUCCAGAAGGAAGGGAUGAGAGAAAGGAAAGGCAGAAUAUGAAGAUGCAGGAUUAUUUAUUCUAUUUAUUGAUUCAAAAAGCCUUUUGUCUUUAUGUUGUUACAAUUAAGAUAUCAGCUCGGCUACCCUAACUCAAAAUCAGUGUGAUCAUUUG